AUGGUUGAGGGACAGGCCCGUACUUUGAAGGGAAGAUUUUGGUCUACAGUCAUAUUUAUGUUCAAAUUGGGAAUUUGGGCAACACAGAAAAAAUCAAAUAUGAAGAACGAAGAAACAAGUUUUAAUGUGGACAAUACCCGAGCCUCUCCCUUCUCCCACUGCCUGCAGCCGCUGAGCCCUGUUACAAAGCCACACAGAACAAUUCCAUUUGGUGAAGAAUUCAGACCGCACCUCUCACAUUUCCGCUAUGGCUCUCCUCCUCUUGGAGACAUGGAAACAUUUCAGGUGUCCUUGGAAGGAGGGUCUCGGAAACGCAAAAGCAUGCCAACAAAAAUGCCUCCUAUUGCCCUCGAGGGUUCCUCAUCACCACCAGACAGACCUGAAGAUCACAAUGACUUAGGCUCUUCCAGUCUCCCCUUGGUGUUCCAACAGCCAGCACAGGCCAAGUACAGUUCCCAGAUGAUCGACCUCUGCAACUUAGGUUUUCAGUUCUACAGAACUCUGGAGCACUUUGGAGCCAAGCCGAUUAAGCAAGAACCAGUGAAGCCUAACAUGACAUGGCCUAGUAGCCCAGCGUUCAUGCAGGCUCCUUACCCGUAUUAUCCUAAAGUCCACCCUGGCUUAAUGUUUCCUUUUAUUGUGCCACCAAACUUUCAUUUCAGGAACCCCUUUCAAAUGAAAAGACCUCCAGAGCCACCUUUCCGGAGGGCCGAAGUAAGGGAAAGUGGUGAAAAUAAACAGAAAGUGGAAAGAGUAGAUGUCAACCUCCAGAUAGAUGACAGUUACUAUGUUGAUGUGGGGGGUGAACAGAAACGCUGGCAAUGUCCCAUGUGUGAGAAGUCCUAUACAUCCAAGUACAAUUUGGUGACCCAUAUCCUGGGGCACAGUGGCAUUAAGCCACAUGCUUGCACCCGAUGUGGCAAGCUUUUCAAGCAGCUGAGCCACUUGCACACGCAUAUGUUGACACACCAGGGCACUCGGCCUCAUAAGUGCCAAGUGUGCCACAAGGCUUUCACUCAAACCAGCCACCUUAAGAGACAUAUGAUGCAACACAGUGACAUCAAGCCUUACAACUGCAGGAUCUGUGGCAGAGGUUUUGCCUACCCCAGCGAGCUGAAAGCACAUGAGUCUAAGCACGAGAGUGGCCGAGAGAACAUUUGUGUGGAAUGUGGUCUGGACUUCCCAACCCUGGCCCAGCUGAAGAGACACUUAACAACCCACCGUGGCCCUAUACAGUACAAUUGCACUGAAUGCGAUAAGACCUUCCAGUACCCAAGUCAGCUGCAAAACCACAUGAUGAAGCACAAAGACAUCCGCCCAUACAUCUGCACUGAAUGCGGCAUGGAGUUUGUGCAGCCCCACCAUCUCAAACAGCACUCCCUGACUCACAAGGGUGUGAAAGAGCACAAAUGUGGAAUCUGUGGACGGGAAUUCACUCUGCUGGCCAACAUGAAGCGACAUGUCCUGAUCCACACAAAUAUCAGAGCCUAUCAAUGCCAUUUGUGCUUCAAGAGCUUUGUGCAAAAGCAGACUCUCAAGGCCCACAUGAUUGUUCACUCUGAUGUCAAACCCUUUAAAUGCAAG